AUGCUAUCCCUCGCACUACUUUCCCUGGGGCCCUCUGUGGCCCUGGCUGCCUCCUCUGCGUAUGCGCCCUCGUUCACCACAUGCCCAAACGAGACGCUGGUGAGGUCUGCAGAUGGUAUCUCCGCCUCCGAGGCCAGCUGGAUCACCUCGCGCAAGGCAAAUGCCGAUAUUGCCCUCCAGACGUGGCUAGCCACCGCGCUGCCUGACGUCGACACUACAAGCCUGCCCACCAUCGCCUUGUCGUCCUCGGGCGGUGGCUUCCGAGCUUUUCUUGUUGGUGCCGGUGUGAUCAAGGCCUUUGACAGCAGAGACAGCAAUGCAAGCACUGCCGGACUCUACCAGGCCCUCACAUAUCACGCUGCCCUGUCGGGUGGAGCGUGGUUACUGAGUUCCCUCAUCACUGGGAACUGGCCCACGAUAUCCUCCCUGGAGGCCACCGUAUGGGAAUCCCAACUAGCCGGUGGAAUCCUAAAUUCGAGCAGUUCCACGACCGUGGCCGACUAUGAUCAGAUCGCCGAGGACAUCAUAGCCAAGGCCUCAGCCGGGUUCCCGGUCUCUCUGGUCGACGCAUGGGGCAGAGAGCUGUCGUACCAGAUUAUGGCCGGCGGACAGGGCACUGCAGGCUUCACAAUGUCCAACAUCACCUCCCUGUCAAACUUCACUUCCUUCAACGUCCCAUUCCCUAUCAUGACCGCCACCAAGAUCAACUUCUUGACAGGGGAAUGCGUUCCCAGCGAGACCGAGGCCAUUUUUGAGUUUAACCCGUACGAGUUUGGCUCGUGGUCGGAUGAUGUGUCCGCUUUUGUGAGCACCCAGUACCUGGGCAGCAACUUCACAAACGGUCUGGCCUCCGAGUGCGCAGUGGGUUUUGACAGGGUCGACUGGGUCAUGGGAACAUCGUCCGACAUCUUGGAAGAGUUCAUUUGCGACACUGCCCUUCAGAUUGAUGUCACGGAGGACUUCCCCACCUCCAUCGUCGGCAUCAUUGAAGAGUACACCUCGACAACCGAGUAUGGAUACUCCAUCCUUGCCAAUCCGUUCAAGAGCUUCAACUCCACCACGGCAACAACCACCAGCUCCAUCUCAGGGCUUGACACUCUGUACCUCGUCGACGGAGGCGAGCCAGAGCACAACGAUCCCAUCCUCCCGCUCCUCGAGCCCAGUCGCAACGUCUCGGUCCUCAUCAUCAGUGACAAUGGCAAUGAUGAGGAUGACUAUCCCGACGGCGCGGCCCUGGUGGCUGCAUAUGAGGCCACGCUGACCGGACGCUUGGCCGGACGAUUUCCCCAGGUCCCCGCUGUGGGCAACUUCAGCACGAAGCAGGCGCAAUUCUUUGGCUGUGACGAGCCGGACGCGGUGACUGUCAUCUACCUGCCCAACGCAGACUGGACCUUUGCUUCCAACACGUCGACGCUGCAGCUCGAGUACACGGCCACCGAGACAGAGGCCAUAAUUACCGACGGCUACGAGGUAGCAGCCCAGGGAGGAGAUGAAGCGUGGGCAACUUGUCUUGCCUGUGGCCUCGUGGUGAAGGAGGUUGGCUCGGCGAGCUUGCCCAGCGAAUGUGGUGCUUGCCUGUCAGAGUAUUGUUGGUACUCUUGAGAUGAUGAAAAGCCAGACUUCGAAAGCUGAGGGAUCAGAAUGGUGAAGGGGCGCCGUGUAGAUACAUCAGGCACACAGACGAAUUCAUAAUUAUUAUAUCACAUCCUAUAAUG